UUGUCGACGUUCGGAAGGGGGGAGGGACUGGUCCCAACAUGGCGGCAGCCGUGAGCGAGGCGAAGGAGGAGGCGACGGUCAAGGAGAAGGCGGAGGCCGCCGGGGAGAAGGGAGGAGGGGGAGGCGCCGUCGGGGACGACAGCGAGGAAGACGAGGAUGAUGUCUUCGAGGUGGAGAAGAUCCUGGACGUGAAGACCGAAGGGGGCAAAAUACUAUACAAAGUACGAUGGAAAGGAUAUACAUCAGAUGAUGAUACAUGGGAACCUGAGGUUCAUUUAGAAGACUGUAAAGAAGUGCUUCUUGAGUUCCGAAAGAAAAUAGUGGAUUCUAAGCCUAAACCUGUUAAAAAAGAGAUACAGAAGCUGCCUGUAAAUGAUGAUCUGUUUGAAGCAGAUUCUGAAGCAGACAGUGACUGGCAGAGUGAUACGAAAGAUGACCUGUCACCAAAGAAGAAAAAGAAAAAAUCUAAAGAGAGGGAGGAUAAAAGCCAAGAUGAGAUGAGAAAGAAAAAAUCUAAAUCAGGAAAAGGCAAAGAGAAGCCUGGGCUAGAACGUGAAAAUUCCUCUGAUAGUUUAGCUUCAGAUUCGAAACCAAAAAAAAGGACUUCGGAGGCAAAAGAGGAUACAAAAGAUUUCAAGAAACAGAGGAGAGAGGAUUCAAAAGACAGCAGUAAAAAGAAGGGGGAGUUUAAAGAUCUAAAGAAAAAAAUAAAAGAGGAUCAUAAAGAAAAUAAACACUUCCAAAAGGAUAAAUCCAGCGCUCUGCAGUUAGAGGAUGAAUCCAGUGUUCUGGAUUAUUCUUUCUCUCAGCCGGCUGAUACUGAGAGUGUGGAUUUGGACUCUGACAGCAGCGAAGAGAAACAUAAAAUAUUUCCUGGGAAAGCGGAAGCAGAAGAGGAAAAUGUACCACGGAUUUCAGCUGUUGAAAAGCAGCCAGACAGUUCAGCAAGCUCGGAUGAGAGUUCUGAAGUGAAGGUGAAGAAGAAGAAGAAGAAGCACAAAAGGGCCGAGGAAUUUGAGGACAGCCGUAAAGUGGAAACCAAGGAUAAGCAUCUGGACAAGAAAAGCACGCACAAAAAGCAGAAGUCGUCAGAGAAAGGAAAAUCUACUGCUGAGUUGGAGAAUAAGAGACCCGCUACGCCGGCCCUAGUGCAGAAAGGCUUGAAGCUGUCCACUGAUGAGCGAGGGCGCAAGUCCAUUGACUCUGCCUGGGAGGUAAGCAAUCAUACGAAACAGAAAAACAAAGAGGCAAAAUUCGGCCAAACCCACGCGAGGGAUGUACUGCUGCAAAAGUCAGCAGUUUUGGAUGGCAAAGAGAAAAGUGCAAAUUGGAGAGCUGAUGAGGAGAAAACGAAAGAGAGGCGUUCUUUAGGGGAGAGUCUGUUUGAGAAAUUUGUCCUGGAUCCAGACUACAGUAAAGGAGGGAGCACAGUCAGCAAGAAGGGGCUCUCUAAAAAUGAUGUGAAUACAGAGGACAUCUCAAAGGACAGAAGCAUCUUAUCAAAGGAGAAGGAAGCCAAAAAAAGUGAUGUGAAAGAUAAACUCCCAAAGAGAUAUGACUCUGAAAAGGAAGAAAAGAGCAGAAAAGAACAGAAGGGAUUCAAAAGUUUUAAAGAGAUCAAAAGUGCAUUUGAUGUGUUUAACAUGUCUUCGGAAGAAAAAAACGAAUACUUGGACAACCGAAAGAAAGAAGAAUCUGUGCAGGACUAUAGAUCUACAGAGGAACUGAAAUCAAGAGAUAGGUAUAAGGAUAGUAGGAGCACCAGGGAUGAGACAGAUACCUGGGCUUACAUUGCAGCAGAGGGUGAUCGUGAAGCUAUCGAGGAUACUUUGGUAGAGGCAAAGCAACAAACUGUGAGUUUGGGGAUGGACAUGCAACUAGAGUGGCUAACCCUGGAAGAUUUUCAGAAGCACCUUGAUGGAGAAGACGAGAAUCACUUGGCAGUGGAAGCAAUAUCCUCUACUCAGCUGCGUGAUGCUGUUAAAAAUGGACAUUAUGCAACAGUAAAGAUGGCACUUAAUUCCACUGAAGACUAUAAUCUUGAUCAGGAGGAUUCUAGUGGAAUGACUCUUGUGAUGCUCGCUGCUGCAGGAGGUCAUGACGACAUUCUUCGACUUCUCGUCCGGAAAGGAGCCAAAGUGAACUACAGACAAAAAAAUGGAACUACAGCAUUGAUUCAUGCAGCAGAAAAGAACAACCUAACUACGGUUGCCAUCCUUCUGGAAGCUGGGGCAUGUGUGAAUGUGCAGCAGAAUAGUGGUGAAACUGCUUUAAUGAAGGCUUGUAAGAGAGGAAAUUAUGAUAUUGUCCGUCUUAUGAUUGAAAGUGGAGCAGACUGCAACAUUUCGUCAAAGCAUCAGAGUAAUGCCCUCCAUUUCGCUAAACAGUGUAACAACUUGCUAGUACACGAGCUACUAAGGAGUCACUUGGCUACGCUCUCACGAGUGGCAGAAGAGACAAUCAGGGAAUACUUUGAAGCCCGUCUUAGUUUGAUGGAACCUGUGUUUGAUAUUGCAUGCCAUCGGCUUUGUGAGGGACCAGAUUAUUCUUUGGAUUUCACCUAUAAACCGCCGCCGAAUGUACCAGAAGGAUCUGGAAUUCUUUUAUUCAUUUUCCAUGCAAACUUCUUUGGGAAAGAUGUUGUUGCUCGACUUUGUGGUCCAUGCAGUGUACAAGCUGUGAUUUUGAAUGACAAAUUCCAGCUGCCUGUAUUCUUGGAUAGUCACUUUAUUUACUCCUUCAGCCCUAUUCCAGGCCCUAACAAACUCUUCAUACGCCUGGUAGAAGCUCCUGCUGCCAAGGUAAAGCUGCUCAUAGGCGCAUACAGAGUACAGUUGCAAUGACCUCACAAACUAACAUCGAUUCAGUUCUUUCAUUGGAGUACAUUCUCAAUUUUUUGUUAGUUUUGAGUCUGAUAAAGCAGUUUGGAACUCUUGUUGCAUUUGGUACUCCAAUUGUGCUUCAGCAUUGGUUUCUUUUUCUUGGACUCCUCUUUCAUGUGAACCUGUCUGCCUAGCAGAUGUGCUGCUGAAGAAUACUGGGUGGGAUGGUUUUGUUUUGUAUAGAUAUAGCUAUAUUUGUGCCAAUGACUGUAACUCCACUUUUAAGCUGUAACAUCCAGACUGCGUUAUUUCAGCAUUUCCACAAUGUGGAAUGGUGCAAAAAAAGGUAACCUUUUUUAAAAAACAGAGAUCUUGAUUAUUUGUAAAAACUAAAAGUUUGUUCUAACUACAGUGUUUAUAUUUAAGCUUCUUCUCUCCCCCGCCCCCAAGAACUUUACUUGCUGCUGCUGUCAAAGUAACAAGAUGGGCAGCAUUUCUUUUUACUAAAGGACAGUGGCAAGUAAGAUCUUGAACAUGGGUAAAGUGCUGGGGGGAGGGGUUGUGGAUGGUGGACUAGAAGCAUGAAUUGGCUUGGGGCAUAAUUGUAAAAAAGUUUCUAGUGUUCCUGAUUUAUAGUUAAGUUACAGGGGAAAACAUAGAUUUGAAAAUACUUUCCAAUUAUUUUUGUAAGACCAGCCCUCCUUUGUAUAGGUCCACUCUAAUCUCCUGCAUCCAUGUAAUUUCCCCUGAAAUACGCACCUGUUGCCCUGUAAAUGACCCAUUUUUAUUGGCUGACAACAGUUCUUUAGUGAUUCUGUGCUAAUAAAAAUGUAAAACAUCUGCAUGAUGUAUAGAAAACUACGUGUUUGUAACAUUAAACAUUGUGAAACAAA